AUGUCAAUUCCUGCCACACGUCUCGUCGCCGGUAUGGCGCAGGAGGUGGUUGAGGCUUGCGCGCAGCAGCAGUGGUCGCGCGCCGUCAAGCUGCUGACGGCGCAAAUAACGGAGGCGGAAGAGGCUAGCAGGAGUCCAGCGGAGGUUGCGAUGUUGAUGUGCAAUCGCGCGUGGUGCUAUCUGCACUUGGAUCUCAACAAGCACGCGCUUAAGGACGCCAUGAGGGCCACGCAGCUCGCGCCGAACCAGCCUCUCGCCUUCAUGCGUCAAGGUGCUGCGUGGCUGGCGUUGGGCAAGAAGGACGAAGCCAAGGCCGCCUUCACCCAAGGCUAUCAAGCCGCCACCACCACCGGCAGUAGCGCUGCCACCACUCCCCUCGCGUCCUCCUGCGUUGACCUCGAAUUCGCGCUGCGCCUGCACUCGCUCUCCAUCGACCCCUCCUCUCCUCUAUCCCCAACGCCCAAGCUCGCUUCUCCCUCUCAGCAGACUCCCUCCGCGCACGCGCUGCCUGCGUCUCCUUCCUCUGCGAAUCCCCCUCGCACGCCGUCCCCCUCGUCCUCUCAUCGCGCUCCUGCAGCUUCUUCUGCCGCCCAGAAUGGAUGUGUGAUUCUAGAAACGGGCACUGGUGAUGCGUCGCCACGCAGUGCCAAAGAGAAGCAAGGGAAGCUGGGUAAUGGGGAGGUUGUUACUGGGGAGGUCAAUUCAGGCAAGCUUGACGAUGCUGUCAAGACCUUCAACCAGGUUCUGGAGACAGACGGGCGGGCGCUGGGUGCGCUGGUGGGGCGGGGCACAGCACGGGCUCUGCAGCGCAAGCUCAAAGAGGCCGUUGCUGAUUUCACUGCUGCGAUUGAGAUUGAGCCGCGGGCAGCAGAGGCGUGGAAGCGGCGAGCUCAGGCGAGGGCUGCUCUGGGGCAGAUGGAUGAGGUGAUUGAGGAUUUCACUCGAGCGUUCACCAUUGAUCCCUCGUCCACGGAUGUGCUAGCUGAGAGGGGAGUGGUGUAUGUGAAGCAGCGCAACUACCGUGCAGCCAUUUCGGAUCUGAAGACCGCGCUGGAUUCCAAUCCCAAGGAUGCCAAUGCGUAUAACUUCCUGGGCUUGGCGCUGACAGGCACAGGCGCGUGCAUGGAGGGCGUUGCGGCGUACAAGAAGGCUGUGGCCCUGCGCCCAGACUUCAAGGACGCGUGGGUCAACAUGGGGCAGGCUUAUAAGGAGUACGGCGAUGCCGAAAACGCAGCCAAGUGCUACCAGAAGGCAUUGGACGCGGAUUCAAGCUUUGCGACAGUGUACCGCUACUGGGCGCUGCUCAAGCACGGCGUGGGCGACCACAGAGGCGCGUCACAGAUGGCGCAGAAAGGGUUGAGGCUGGAGAGGAGCAACAUCGAGCUCAUGUACUCGUAUGCCUCCUCCGAGCAUGCCGUGGGGGAAUACGCCACUGCCGUGCGCACGUACGAUGAGAUGCUGGGCGUGGAGACAGACUCGGAGUCCAAGCUGCUGCAGUUCCUCGGCUUCUACCAGCGCGAGAUCGCCCUCUACACACUCUCCAAGCACUCGCAGCCACUCGCCCACUUCAGCCUCGACAGGGACCUCGACCCCUUCUUUAAGGAAGCAUGGUGCAAGAAGCUCCCCCCCACGCUCCUCUUCCCAGGCUACACCACCCAGCCAGUCCCUCCCUCCAUCGCCGUGCGUCUGGGCAAGAAAGCCUCCGCUGCUGCAGGGGGCAGCAGCAGCGGCAGUGGCAGCGGUAGCAGUGGUGGCGGUGGUGGUGGUGGGGGCGGCAAGGGCAGUGGGAAUCCCGAGGUGCAGAGGUUGCUGGAGCUGGCAGACAGGAUAGGCCGGCUCACGCAGUACUCGUGCCCUGGCUUCCAUGCCAACGUCCGCCAGGUGAGAGUAUAG